UUUUGCCAUAUAAAUAUAAAUAACUACUUUCUUCUUCGACCAACCCUUCCAACCCGUUUUACGCCUCACUCUCUGGUACCCAUGCCGCGCCAGAAAGUGAUUUCAAGGCAUAUUCCGAGCAUGUUCAAAAUCGGAUUGCCCGCUCUCUUCUACAUCGGAACCUCCGGAUUUCGAGUCUAUUUCGGGCUGAAGCCCUGCUUCUAGUCUGUACACCUUCCCCAGACCGUCAAACACAACGAGGGAGUUAGGCGCAGUUAAAUAACACGAUAUCACCGAUAAUAUGCAUAAUUCACCUAAUCCCCGCGCGCAUUUGAAUUUAUGAUCUGGAUUAACGAAGGGCAUGAAGUAAUGAAUGUCUUCGGGCUCCAAGGUUUCUCCUAUCCCGUUCGGCGACCCGCUGGUUCGGACCAAUCGGCUGGCGGCAACUUUUCUUGGAUGUCGGGAGCAUGUUUUGCAGCGAGUUUCAGGCUUUGGAUAGGAUAGUCAAGAUAUCCGAUAUUGAGGAUAGCACGUUAAUUCUUUGGUGGUUUGUUAUCAGAGAGCUUAGAAAUCAAUCAACGCCCAGCCGCGGCUCCCCGGAUAAAUAUUUAGUGCUGCCCUCCCAGCUCAGUAUCCAGCAAACAUUAUUUAUGAUCUGGCAUUUCCCAGUUACAUAUGGCCUGAUGAUUUUCGUCUAGCAAAGACACGAUUGCAGCAUUCCCGAUAUUGUUUUUUUCUCCAUUGUUGUGAGAGAACUGUUCCUAUUCUUUCUAGCCGCUACGCAUUACUAUCCUUACAUGUAUCCUUGAACCCAACGAGCCGAGACCGGUUGAGAUAUUCCCGAUAUCCCCGCCUUCAUUUAGCUUCCUCCGCACCAAUGGAAGCGGAGGCUACACUUGCAGCAGAGGAAGAUGAGACAGUUCGAUGGGUAGUUUCUUCUUCUGCUGCCUCGCCUCAUUCCUCCAGGCCGCAAUCUACUUCGAGGAUACCAGCUGCGAGCGCUGCUGCUGUGCCGACAGAAACCACCAGACUGUUCGGAGAUGAUGGCAUCACAACGCCGUUAUUAGGUGAGAACAGUAAUCCGGACGAUCAAAAUGGAACUCAGCAUGAACCCUGGAUGGAUAAUGACGGGAAACCGUGGUGGAAACGCCCUUCUAUAUACUGGGUACUUCCACCCCUUUUUCCAUUCACGAUUGCCUUCGGAGGCGUCGUUGUACCGCAGAUAAAUCUCGCCUUGACUUUAAUUUGCCGCGAAUAUUUAGUCGAUCAGGCGUUAAAGGACCCUACAUUUUCCUUUCUUCCAGUCGUUUUCGGAGAUAAGAACCCGCAGUGUCGACUUCCCGAGAUCCAAGCCCGAGCCUCGAGAUUUCAACUACAAUUGAAUUUAAUUGCCGGGACCCUCGCAGCUAUCGCAAGCCCUAGGCUUGGGGUCUUGACCGAUGGCUAUGGAAGAACUAGGAUCAUUGCCCUUUCGGCAUUUGGUACAUUCCUUGGCCAGCUUGUUAUGCUGAUGGUGGCGUCUCAAGAUGGCGGGAUGUCAGUGAAUUUCUUGCUACUGGCAGCAUUUCUUGAUGGAAUGUUCGGAUCUGUCACGACCGCCGUGGCCCUGACACAGUCAUAUGCGGCAGACUGCGUACCACCACAUAGUAGAAACGUUGCGUUUGGAUAUUUCCAUGGCAUAUUGUUUAGCGGUAUUGCUCUGGGUCCCUUGAUUGCUGGAUAUCUCAUCAAAUGGACCGGCAAUAUUCUUAUCGUGUUCUACUCCGUCCUGGGCUGCCUAGUGUUCUUCAUGCUAUUUAUGGUAUUCGCUGUGCCGGAGUCAGUAUCGAAAUCCCGCCAAUUGCUCAAUCGCAAGAAUCGAGGGAUAGGUCUCUUCAAAUUCCACAGGGUUUCUUCCUGGUCGCUGGCGGAUUUUAACCCGAUGAAUCUCUUAAAACCCCUCUCUAUCCUUUUCCCCAGCCCCACGACGGCACUCCAUGGACCUCCCCUUCGCAAUGUACGAAUCAAUCUGAUCAUCCUUGCAUCAAUCGACGCUGUGAUAUUCGGUGUCGGGAUGGGCACCAUGUCGAUCAUCGUGAUAUAUUCCGAGUACAUGUUCGGCUGGGGGAACUUCGAGGCAAGCAUUUUCGUGUCCAUAGCCAGCUCUGUUAGAGUAGUUGUACUCCUUGUGGUUCUUCCGACAUUAACUCGCCUCGUCCGUGGUCCACGCAGUCAAAGAAGCCACGUCAACACUGGCUCCGAUAUGCUAGACAUAAUCCUAAUUAGGAUCUCUACGAUACUCGACCUGGUCGGGUACCUUGGGUACUGCUUCGUACGGAGUGGUGAGCUGUUGCUGGCCUCUGGAGCGAUUGCGGCUAUGGGUGCAAUGGCUUCGCCAACCCUCACAUCCUCGUUAACAAAGCAUAUCCCUGCUAACAGGACUGGCCAGUUAUUGGGUGCGAUUGGUCUACUUCAUGCGCUUGCGCGCGUGGUGGCACCAACGAUCUUCAACUUGAUUUACAGCUUGACUGUCGGCACUUUACCCCAGGCUGUAUUUAUGUGCCUAUCUGCUACGAUUGCUUUGGCAAUGGUAGCAUCCUUUUUCAUUAAACCUCAUGUAUAUAUGGAGAACAAGCUUGAGCCAGGCCAAGACAGCCUGGGAACAAGCGAGCAGGAUUAAACGCGUCAUCUAAUAUUAUUUCGCGAAGUACAUACAUACUACCGACUGACUGCGCACCCCUUUCCGGUAGCCUUUCAGCCUAUCUGCACGAACCGAUGCCUCCCUUCUCACCUCUUCUUAUCGGGUUCUGUAAAUCCGGGAAUUUGAAGGGCCUACGUUUCAGUUGCGUAUCUAGAUCCAGAAACUAGAAUUCUGGCUUGAUUUUAUUUAUUGGCUGCUUUUUGUCGUGGCUUCCAGGAUAUCUCGCGGUGUUGGUGGGGCGGUGGACGAGGCGACUUUUCUUCCUGUUUAUAUUCUUCUUUAGUUCGAGAUUCUUGCACAUAUCUUUUUCACUAUGAUACUUCACUACUUGUAUAUACAACUCUUAAAUUUAUUACUUUUGUACAUGUACAUAACAAAUAGUAAUUAUGUUGCUCACGAAAGGUCUUCUGUCUUGUUCAGAACAUAACUAUAAGUUACUUAUAGUGAUAACCUAAGCGUGGAUUGUUACCACAUCACGUGUACAUGCCAAGCAAUGGGGCCAUCU